AUCUCAAAGAGCAAUGAACAAUGGUCCCACCCACAGGGCAUCCAGAGUAACAUGAACAGACUCUUAAAGAAGCGAAGUGUGAACAGCGCACAGAGCAACGAGGAAAUCCUCAAUUCUCUAGUACAGGUUACAGUGCUGCACCAGUGAGCUACAACUACCCAUACAGUGCACCCACAACUUAUGUUGAUGGAGAUCCACACUUUUUUUAUUGAGCUAUCACAACAGAAUGAUGCCCUGUGCUUCAACAUUGAUGACAAACCUGGUACCAUAUUUAACCUGGUUAGAGACCCGCUUACAGGAAUUGUGGUCAAUGGACAAACCAUUGGAGAUAAGAAGGUUGUCCCAGGGAAGAAGGUGAUGACAUAUUUUGGGCGCUUUGGAAUCCUUCAUGAGAGGUUUGGUAUUAGAGUAAUGGUGAGCACAAAGGAGAUCUCAGUGUCUGAGGAGGGAAAAGAUGCAAAGUUUUUCUGGUCUGAUAGUGCCACCAUCAAAGGGACCAACAUGGAUCUGCAGGUAAUAAAAGAUCGUAGUUUAACGGUGACCUUGAGGGACUCAGUCAAGUUUCUGAUCAUCCUGCACAAAGUUUGGAAGAAUCAUCCGUAUCACCAAGACUAUCUUGGAUUCUACACCUUGGACAGCCACCUCCUAUCUAAAAGUGUCCAUGGCCUGCUUGGACAGUUUUAUCAUGGUGUGGAGUUUCAGGUCAGCGACCUCUUUCCAGGAGAAGAUCCAAGCAAACCAGAUGCCAUCAUGCUUUUGAAAGGACAUGACCUUCUUGUUACCAGAGGUUGGCAGAAAGAUUUCAGACAGGAUGUGAAGUAUGGAGAAAAUAAUUCUUGUUGGUUCAUUCAAGAAUAAAUAAAUAUGAAGAGUUCAGAUGCAAAACCAUCUUGUCAGGAUCCCAACGUCAUCA